GGGGCGCGCCAGCCCAUCGGCAAGGGUCCUUAACCCCCUCCUUGGGAUGAAUGCGAUGGACAUGGCUGUUCCAAACUCCGGAUGGCUCAAGCUAGCACAAGGCAGCUUCCGCUGCCCUUCGGCCCCGAUGUAUAAUAGACGCCGUUGCCCACCUCCUCGAUCCCUUCGUGAUCUCUUGAGCCUCCCAUCAUCAGCCAGCCUCACCUCGACACAUCUCGACAAGUCUCAAGGUCUCUCUACUGCAGAGCCCUUCGUCGAAGUAGAGUCUGCCGCACAUACACACUUGACCAGUGACACACACCUAGACAGCCUCUGCCCUUGUGAGCAGAACCACCAACAUGUUCUCCAUGUCUCAGCACCAAUACGUCUACACGGUGGCUCCGCCAGCCCCGCCACCUCCUCGCCAGUACGGAGCCCACGGCACCAGCAGUGCUUUCUCCAGCUCGGCCAACCCUGAUGAGGACUGGACCAAGAUCUCGGAUCUCGCAGAGCGCAGGAGGAUACAGAACCGCAUCGCCCAGCGCAACUACCGCAAGAAGCUCAAGAGACGCUUGGAGGACCUUGAGCGCCGGGCUGGCACUUCAGACGACUCUUCGUCGCCGCCGGCCCCUGAGAAGACUGUCCCCACCACCAACAACCGCAACAGCUCCAAGAAGCAGUCGAGUCCCAAGGCCCCAAAGCCAGCUGCUGCUCCUCAGAAGCCUGUCGCCCCCCAGUUCACGCCCCCCAUGACACAUGAGGACGAGCUCCCGUUCACCCUCAGCUAUGACGAGCGGGAACGCUCCCACACACCUCCCUUCAUGUCCUAUUCGACAUACCCCGCGCCAGAUGAGAUGCUUCUGCCUCCUUAUGGCACCACUCAAGGUUUCCACCCCAUGACGACCGCUGAUGGCUACCCGACCUACAUCGCCAGCACUGUUCCGUGCACUCUUCCCUCAAUGACGCAUUUCAGCGACGCCAUCAAGCGGGAGACUUACACCACGGAUGACUCCAUGUCCCCGUACAUGAACUACGGCUUCGUCCCUGGGAUCGACGUCAGCGGUCCCAACUUCUACGACCAGUCGAACCCUCAUACACCUCCGCUAUCUCACUCAUUCGACCACUCGGCCAACUGCUCCGACUCUGGUUACGAGUACCCGACAACCCCACUGUCUCUUCCAGACUCGCCCAACAUGAUAGAACACCAGCAUCUCCAGCACCAAUAGAUGGUGUAAAAGGCACUUGGAAAGUCCUCAGACUGGCUCCGCAAGGGGCGCGGAUCAGAGGGGGGUUCGCACCACCAGGGUUGGUGAAACCUCGCCAAAAGGAUUGGAUAAUGCUCCAAGAGGAAGGGGGGCACUACGAAACGCAAGUCGUACACAGGAACAGGCGGAAGCGCUCUACCUCGUGACUGUGGUGUUGACUGGGAGUUGCAAAACACGA